AUGGCUUCACACACACCAUUUCUUCAUCAACAACCAACUCACACUCACAUUUUCAACCAUUCACAACCUAUUGCUGCAACAAUCCCAGAUGUUGAAAAUCUUCGGAGCUCUUUAAAUGAAAUAUUAGAAUUUAUCGAAGAAUUUCGACAUGAGAUGAAAGACUCCUUCCUUGAUGCCAAAAAAUCAUUCCAAGCACUUUCUGAUUCAUUUAAGUUAAAGACAUGGGAUAAGAAAUUACCAGAGAAAAUUGUUAAGAAAGAAUCGGAGAAACAAAGUGCAGAGGAGGUUGAACAAUUGACACAGCCGCCGCAACAAUUAUCUCCAUCUUCGGUAAGCACACCGAUGUCAACGUUCACUAGUUCACCAUGGAAACCACCAAGUCCAUCGCCGAAUCUGCUUAUAACUCAAUAUCUACCUCCGGUACCACCAAUCACGCUUCCUCCUUCACCACUGAACCCGUCUCCGUCACCGAAGCUACAACCACCACCGAAACCACCGGAAAAGGUUUUCUUUCCUUUCUCUCCUUUCCCGGCACUGUCGCGACCACCGCCGGAACCACCGGAUCUACAAUCGACGUCGGAAUCUAUUUUACCUAUACCUCCGACGUCACGUCCACCCCGUAAACCACCAGAUCGGAGUGUACCCACCACCCUUCCGUCACAAUUUCAUUCUGUUCUGGACUGGGCCAAGAGCUGGCAACUCAACACCAAUACAGGCGAUGACAACGUUCUCAACGUUCCACCCUCUCCACCGCCGCAGCAUAACACUGUUUUGUCACCGGUGCGUGACGAUACCACCACAACACGUGGUCCAGAAAGCGACCCCCGCGACGGCCGGGAAACCUCCGUCUCGUCCGAUGAAGAGGACGUUGAGGUCUUGACCAAGCGUCAAACGGGCAAGCGCCCACAGCUUAAACAGGAGACUCCGGCAAACAACGCCGGGCAGGCCGUAACUUUGGCUAAUUCUGAAAUCGCAGCCUUAAAACAAACAACUGAGUCUAUGCAGGAUACAAUCAAAUCCCAAUGGCUGUGGCCGACAGGGAAAAAAAAGCUUUUAUGA